CAAUACAUAACUGUCUCUUUGUACGUUACACAAGAGGAGUAGACUGAGUAGUGUGUACUAGUUUGAGCCGUCCUCUUUCGGGAAACUGUUGUUGACAUUCAGUAAUGAAUGGAACUUGUCAAUGACUCCAAGGGUAACAUUUUGGAGUGAUUAUUACAAGCGCAUUACCCAAACUUCUAGGUCCUCGCCAAGGACUGUCCACCAGGGAUGUUCGACCUAACGAAGGAAUGGAACCUGUCGUUUGCCGGCUGCGGGUUCCUGGGGAUCUAUCACAUCGGAGUGGCCAGCUGCCUGUUGGAACAAGCGCCUUACCUUAUCAAAGGAGCCACCAAGAUUUACGGGGCUUCCGCCGGUGCCCUAACCGCCUCCGUGCUCGCCAGCCAGGCAUCCAUAGCUAAGUGCUGUGAGGAUGUGAUCGAGACGGCCAAGGAGGCCCGGAAGCGUAACCUGGGUCCCCUCCACCCCUCCUUCAACCUGGUCAAGGUCAUCAGGUCGGGCCUGGAGCGCGACCUGCCCGCCAACGCUCACACACUCGCCUCCGGGAGGCUGUGUGUGUCACUCACUCGCGUGUCUGAUGGACAAAACGUCAUUGUGUCCGAGUUCAAGUCCAAGGAGGAGCUCAUCCAGGCGCUGCUGUGUAGCUGUUUCAUCCCCAUAUACUGUGGCCUGAUCCCCCCAUCCUUCCAAGGAGUGCGUUAUGUGGAUGGGGGAAUCAGUGACAACCUUCCUCAGUCAGAGCUGAAGAACACCAUCAGCAUCUCUCCGUUCUCAGGCGAAAGCGACAUCUGUCCCCGGGACAACUCCUUCAACAUCCACGAGCUUCGUUUCACCAACACCUCCAUCCAGAUUAACCUGGGCAAUAUGUACCGCCUCAGCAAAGCCCUGUUUCCCCCAGAACCCAAGGUCAUGGCAGAGAUAUGUCAGAGUGGCUACAAGGACGCCCUUCGCUUUCUUGAGGAGAACCAUCUGCUGAAGCUGGAGUGUCCGACUGCCGGCCCCAACCCAUCAGAAGCCAUACACACCUGCUGCUGCAAGCCCAUCGCCAUGGAAACCACUACGGACUGGAUGCUCCGGCGGCUCCGCCUCCUGAGGAAGCGGCACUGGUGGCUGGACGAGCAGAUUGUUGACAACCUGCCUACCCAAAUCAAAAAAGUGUUCUGUGAGGCGUGCCAACAGAAGCCUGGUCUGUAUGCUAAGGUGUCCGAUAUGCUACCGGUCAGAGUGGCCUCCUACAUGCUCCUGCCCUGCACACUACCUGUGGUAUCAGCCUACUCAGUGGGCAAGAGGUUUGUGGAGUGGAUCCCAGAGGUGCCUGCAGACAUGCGUUGGCUAGCUGGGGUGGCUGGGGAUGUGGCUGGGAGCGUGUACAGACAGGCCUGGAGAGGAGCACCAGCAGACAUAACCAGUGAUGGUUCCCUGAGGAAUUGCAUGAGCCUGCCCCCACCCCUAGAUAGUGACAGACACAGGGAGAGAGACUGUCACCUCGCCGGGUUCGCUCGCUCUGCUCUUGACCUCCAAAGCCAAUACUGGAACAUCCCCACCGUUCCCUCUUUCCGCCGCCCCACCAGCCCCCACAUGCCCAGCCCCUCCCCACAACAGAUCUGCUUCUUUGUUGGCUCGCAGGACGAGACUGACUGACAGUCCCAUCCACCAAUGAGAGGACACUGUGACUUUGUUUUAAAAGAUGAUAGGACAGUCCAGCUCAAGAUCCCUCCCACAGGGCCUGUCUAUAGGCUAUAGGAACUGUGAAGGGUGGUUUGGGAUGGACAAAAGAUGUGAUCGAAUAGCUUUGAGAUCCAGAACUGUUUCUAUAGACACACUAAUGACUCAAUCAUGUCUUUUUAACACUCCACCAAUCAUAUUUUAUUCUAUUGUACACAUUGGAAAACAAUUUACCAGCUCACCACCAAAGACCUCUGCAAGUGAAUUCUUUUUUUGGAUUUACACAUUUUAUAACUAACUAUGUCUAGUUUUGCCAGAUAACUUGUUGUCACUACAACUCUACCUACCUACCUACCAGAGGAGGCUGGUGGGAGGAGCUAUAGGAUGACCGGCUCAUUGUAAUGGCUGUAAUAGAAUGUAUGGAACGAUAUCAAACACAUCAAACAUAUGGAAACCAUGGUUGAUUUCGUUCCAUUACUUCCAUUCCAGCCAAUAUAAUGAGCCUGUUGUCAUAUAGCUCCACCCACCAGCCUCCUUUGCUACCUACCUACCGACAGCACACAGGAGGUUGGUGGCACCUUAAUUGGGGGGACGGGCUCGUGUUAAUGGCUGGAGCGGAAUUAGUGGAAUGGUAUGAAAUACAUCAAACACAUGGUUUCCAUGUAUUUGGUGCCGUUCCAUUAUUAUGAGCUGUCCUUCCCUCAGCAGCCUCCUUUGCUACAUUACCUACCUACCUGUGUUCAGUUAAAUGUAGAAUUCAUUCCUCAUUCCUAACGGAAUGUUGACUUGAGUUGACGUUGACUUCCUUGACUAUGAGCUGUGUGUUUUCCUGACUACUAUUAGACAGGGCCCUUGAACUAUUAUGAGGACCCUUGAACUAACUAUGAACUAUUUUGAUGAGCUGUUCUGUCAAGAAAAUUGAGUUACAAAACCAUGAUGCAUCUGCAAAAAUCAUUCUGAGGUCUAAGAUGUCUAGUUUUUGGGAAAGUUUCUUAUUUUAAAUACAUUUGACAUUUUUGCCAGAAUUUUGUAAAUUUUUAGAGCAAAUUCUCUUUACGAAAAUCCAUUCGGAUUAAAUUCUCGGGUCAUUUUAUGUUUUUAAAAUCUUUAGAAAAACAGAUUUUUAUAAAUAAAACACAAAAUAUGUUGCUGUA